AUGGAGACCGUCAAGAACGCCGCCAACUACGUCUCUGAGUCCGUCCAGGGCGGAGGUGCCACCGCUUCCAAGGAGGCCAACAAGAACGUCGCCAAGGACUCCGAUACCAGCCUCGGCAGCCGUGCCACCGCCGCAAAGGACGCCCUCGUCGACAAGAAGGACGAGAAGUCCCACGAGACCAAGGCUGAUGUCCACAAGGAGGCCGCUAAGCACUAA